AUGGCCGCUGCCGCCAAGUCCUCCGGAACCGUCAAGUGGUUCAAUGUCACCAAGGGCUACGGCUUCAUCACCCCCGACCAGGGUGGUGAGGACCUGUUUGUUCACCAAACCGCCAUCAUCACUGACGGCUUCCGCUCCCUGAAGGAGGGAGAGCCCGUCGAGUUCUUCGUCGAGAACUCCGACGAUGGCCGCGCCAAGGCGGUGCAGGUGACCGGCCCCGAUGGCGCCGCGCCCGAGAGAAGCGGCAAGUUGAUUGUCCUGUACGUCUGCGACCCUGUGUCCGAUCCCCUCUCCCACGACCCCGUGCUCGCCGCAGGGUGCCCCCCGCCCUACGGUGGCGGCCAGGAGGGCUACGGCCAGCAGGGCGGUUACUGA